CAGGCACUCCACAGACAUGCACACCACAAACUGAAGCCCGAACCUGCAAUUUGGCUCUAUCUCAGAGCCAAAAAACUGGUCAGAAUCUCCCGGGUGAAGUUGCAGAAAUCGCUUUUUUUAAAUUGUCCGUGGACCGGUUAUAACAUUGCAGCUCUGGAUGUGAUCUUUUUCUUCUUUUCCCCCCCGAUGAACUGGGCUAGUAAUGCAGGAGACAGCUAUUCUGUCAGCGGCUCAAGAUGGCAGAUUUUUAUUGAGUUCUGAACUGAAACAUCUUUUCAUAUUUUGCCAUGAAUAACAGAAAUCCUUGCACCGAUGGCCCCUGUAUACGAAGGUAUGGCCUCGCAAGUGCAAGUCUUCUCACCCCACACUCUACAGUCAAGUGCCUUCUUUAGCGUGAAGAAACUGAAGUUGGAGCAGAGCUGUAACUGGGAUAUGACCGGGUACGGCACGCACAGCAAGGCCUAUAGUCACAACAGCAAGCAGAGCGUGUCCGUCGCCCCUGUGGGCCUGAGCACUGCCUCACUCCCUGUCUCCAGCUCCUCCCUGCCCUACGAGCAAGCCCUCCUCUUCCCCGCCGGCUCCGGACACAUCGUGGUGGCCUCGGCGAGCAGCACGUCUGGGGCGGCGGCUGGCCAACUGCUGGGGGGCGGCAGCGGAGGCCACAACCUUACACGGCGCAGCACGGUCUGCCUGCUGGACACAUACCAGCGAUGUGGGCUUAAACGCAAGAGCGAGGAACUGGACAACAACCACGGCAGCGGCGCUGGGGGCGGGGCUGGGGGUGGGGGCGGGGCCGGGGGUGGGGGUAGUGUGCACGUGGUGGAGGAGCAGCAGGCGGCUGCACCUGCACCCAUGCUCCAGAACGGCAACACUGCCUCCGCCACGUCGAAGAACAGCGGCGCCAACAGCGAAGGCGACUAUCAGCUGCUGCAGCACGAGGUGCUCUGCUCCAUGACCAACACGUAUGAAGUGCUGGAGUUCCUGGGCCGUGGCACUUUUGGCCAGGUUGUCAAGUGCUGGAAGCGUGGCACCAGCGAGAUCGUGGCCAUCAAGAUCCUAAAGAACCAUCCAUCUUACGCACGGCAGGGUCAGAUCGAGGUCAGCAUCCUGGCGCGCCUGAGCACGGAGAGUGCCGACGAUUACAACUUUGUGCGUGCAUACGAAUGCUUCCAGCACAAGAACCACACGUGCCUGGUGUUCGAGAUGCUGGAGCAAAACCUGUACGACUUCCUCAAACAGAACAAGUUCAGCCCGCUGCCACUGCGCCACAUCCGGCCCGUGCUGCAGCAGGUCGCCACGGCACUCAUGAAGCUCAAGAGUCUGGGCCUCAUCCAUGCCGACCUCAAACCCGAGAACAUCAUGUUGGUGGACCCGGCCCGGCAGCCGUACAGGGUCAAAGUCAUCGACUUUGGCUCCGCCAGUCACGUGUCCAAAGCUGUGUGCUCCACUUACCUCCAGUCCCGAUACUACAGAGCUCCAGAGAUCAUUCUAGGCUUGCCGUUCUGUGAGGCCAUAGACAUGUGGUCCCUGGGCUGUGUCAUCGCUGAGCUUUUCCUGGGCUGGCCACUUUACCCCGGGGCUUCUGAGUAUGACCAGAUUCGGUACAUUUCUCAAACACAGGGGCUGCCAGCAGAGUAUCUGCUCAGUGCAGGCACGAAAACUACCAGGUUCUUCAACAGAGAUCCAGACUCCACCUAUCCACUAUGGAGACUGAAGACACCAGAAGACCAUGAGGGGGAGACGGGAAUCAAGUCUAAAGAGGCACGCAAGUAUAUCUUCAACUGCCUGGAUGACAUGGCACAGGUGAACGUGACCACAGAGCUGGAGGGAAGUGACAUGCUGGCGGAGAAGGCCGACCGGAGAGAAUUUAUCGACCUGCUGACUAAGAUGCUGACCAUCGACGCGGAUAAGAGGACCACGCCUAUUGAAACGCUCAACCACCCUUUUGUUACUAUGGCUCAUCUACUGGAUUUCCCUCACAGCACGCACGUCAAAUCCUGCUUCCAGAACAUGGAGAUCUGUAAACGUCGGGUGAACAUGUAUGAUACAGUCAACCAGAGCAAGACUCCUUUCAUUAGCCAUGUUGCCCCUAGCACUUCAACUAACCUCACCAUGACAUUCAAUAACCAGCUCAACACUGUGCACAACCAGGCCACCAACUUGGCUCCCCCCUCAACCAGUGCCACCCUUUCCCUUGCCAACCCUGAUGUCUCCAUACUAAACUACCAAUCUGCACUCUACCAGCCCUCUGCAGCACCCAUGGCAGCUGUGGCACCUAGGACCAUGCCCCUUCAGCCAGGGGCCGCACAGCUCUGCGCCACCCGUCCAGACCCCUUCCAGCAGGCUCUCAUUGUCUGCCCACCUGCUUUCCAAGGGCUGCAGGCAUCUCCUUCCAAACACAGUGGCUACUCUGUGCGCAUGGAGAAUGCUGUUCCCAUAGUGACGCAGGCACCUGGUGCACAACCCCUGCAAAUCCAGCCUGGCCUUCUCACACAGCAGGCAUGGCCUUCUGGUACACAACAGAUCCUGCUGCCCCCAGCAUGGCAGCAGCUCACCCACACCUCUGUGCAGCACGCAACCGUCAUUCCUGAGCCCAUGAACAGCUCUCAGCCUCUGGCCAACUGGAGGAAUUCCCAUCCCCAUGGCAGCCAUUAUAAUCCCAUCAUGCAGCAGCCAGCCUUGCUUGCUGGCCAUGUGACCCUGCCCUCCCAACAGCCUCUAAAUGUGGGUGUGGCUCAUGUGAUGAGGCAGCCAUCAAACAAUACCUCCUCCACCAAAAAGAGUAAGCAGCACCUGAUGAACAACAGGAACAUGUCGGUGUGUGAGGUGUCCUCAUGCCAGGCCGUACUGUCCCCUCAGCGAUCCAAGCGUGUGAAGGAGAACACCCCACCUCGCGGUGCCCCAUUACAGAAUGGCCCCUGUGUGCCCUGUGGUCCCCCCCAGCCCUGUGCUGGAGGGGCAGGAGGGUGGACGGAGGACCAGGCCUCCAGCACCACACGUGACCACCAGGGGGUGCACACCCAACAUAACCCACCUCGACAGACCAUUGUCAUCGCCGACACCCCCAGCCCAGCAGUCAGCAUCAUCACCAUCAGCAGUGACACAGAUGAGGAGGAUGAGCACAAGCAGGCGAGCAGCACCAGCACAUCAUCCAAGCAGAGGAAGAAUGUCAUCAGCUGUGUGACGGUCCACGACUCCCCCGACUCCAACUCCAGCAAUAACAGCCCCUACGCUGUGGCAUCUCGACCCACUGGCCCCAAUGCCAACAGCUAUGACUCAAAGGGCACCAUGCUGGACGACUACAGCAACGGAAACCCCCGCACCAUAAUUAUCCCUCCUCUGAAAAGCCAGACAGCCGAGAGCCUGAAUGAGUGUGACCGCCUCAUGCCUGACACCAUAAAUCACCAGAAUUCUGCUUACAAGUUUAAAUCCUCCAAUGGAGGGCUAUCUGGCAACAAUCAUUCUUCAGGAGGUAUUCCUGUGGGUGGGGCAUAUCGGCAGCAGCGUGCUGGGCCACACCCCUUCCAGCAGCAGCCUCUCAAUCUCAGCCAGGCCCAACAGCACAUGCCAGUAGAGAGGAACGGAGGUCACCGGCGACAACAGGCCUACAUCACGCCCACCAUGGCUGCCCAGGCUCCCUACUCCUUCCACCACAGCAGCCCCUCUCAUAGCACCAAUGUUCACCCUCACCUGGCUGCCACACACUUGUCAGGCCAACCCCACCUUUACACUUACACUGCCCCUGCUGCCCUGGGCUCCACUGGCACAGUGGCCCACCUUGUGGCGUCGCAGGGCUCCACCCACCAUGCUGUCCAGCAUGCCAGUUAUCCGCCUGGCAUCGUUCACCAGGUGCCCGUCAGCAUGGGUCACCGUGUGCUACCUUCGCCGACGUUGCAUCACAGCCAGUACCAGGCCCAGUUUGCCCACCAAACUUAUAUCAGCGCUUCUCCCGCCUCCACAGUCUACACUGGAUAUCCUCUGAGCCCCACCAAGAUGAACCAGUACCCUUACCUCUAGAGCCGAAACACUGGAGUCUACCCAAUCGCUGCUUACCAUUCUCCCCCACUAAAGACAGAGAUGGAGAGAUGUGCUCCAACUGACCAUCCCUGAACCGUUUCCCCUGUCCCUGUCAUGCCUAAACUUGAAUAUGAGGAAGACGCUGAAGAAGAGAAAAAGAGUAUCCUGGGAGGGAACAGAGGGUUGGAGUUUUAAAUUAGUUUCCUUUGCAUAUGAGUUUAUUUUUCUCUCAAAAGGGCCAGUUCUGUUUCUUUUUGUCGCUUGGAUUUUUCAUUACUUUUAACAUGGAAAUCUGAUGAUGUUUUUUUCAAUCUCAGUUUCAUUUACAGCAAGGUCACAUCUGUUGACAUUUUUGGAGAGUCUAAGAAAUUUUUUUCAACCAUAGUUUCAUUUGGUUUUCUCUCUUUAAAAAAAGAUAAAACAUUCACAGACUGUUGAUCUGAGGUCACAUUGUGGAUGAGAACUAUAGAUAAGGUGAAAUACGGAUAACUGCUGCUCUACAAAGAAUAAAAUAAUGAUGGCCUUGAACUGUCUUUAACAUUUCCAAAUCACACACGGUGAGGGGUUAGUGCAUUCUCUCCCGUCCUCUCCUAACAACAACUGGAGGAAUCUUCUGGAAAUAUGACAAAAAGACAAAAAACUUUUUAGUGUAUUUAUAGACUUUUCUCUGUUUGUGUUCACAUUUAGAAAAGAAAAUAAGUUUUGUCAUACAGUAGGACAUUUAGCUAGGCCCCCUUUUUAGAAUGUAGCAGGCUGCACCCAUUUAUUUUAUGAAGAACCUUUCUGAUACCAAUAGAUUUUUUUUCCUUCUCUUUAAAUGUGAUUGCACAAAGUGGUUGUAAUAACAUAAGCAUGUAGAAAAUAGUCUGUGUGUGUGUGUGUGUGUGUGUGUGUGUGUGUGUGUGUGUGUGUGUGUGUGUGUGUGUGUGUGUGUGUGUGUGUGUGUGUGUGUGUGUAUGAGCUGCCGUCAGCCAUGUGUGUGGUACACCUUCCUCUGCACCUUUGUGCAAUGUGUUCUCCAUAGUGCUAGGUUUAUCAUCGUUCCCUCGUAGUGCCUUACAGAUAUUACGACAGUUUACUUGGCUGGAGACCCUCUAGAACCAACAGAAACUAGUUUGAGAGUUGGCUCCUAGGUUGAACAUCUUUGUCUGGGGUGUUUUGUUUUAUCUUCCAGGUGUAAGCGUAGUCCUAAAUGUUAUUUAUAGCUAUAUUAUUAUACACAAAACCAUCUCGUUCAACAGUGUUUCUUGUUUAGCAUGCAUGAGGUUAUUUGGCAUUUAGAUGAAGAAACUUGCCUGGGGUAAUGAACCAAAGUUGUCAUUCAGUAAAGAUUAGUAACAUUUGUUACUAUAUUAUAUAUAAUAUGUUUACUGUAUAUCAUAGCUGUGUGUCUUAGAAACCUCGAUGCCCAUCCAAGGGAACAGACUAUAGACUGUAUUUGUUUUGUCAUGCAAAGGAAAUUCACAUGUAUAUUGAUAAAAAAAAACAAAAAACUGAAGAACUACAUGAUUAAUGUGACAUCUGUGCUACACAACAUAUCAGAUCAGUAGUCAUCCAACUGAAUUUUAGGACAAAGAUUUGAAUAUUAUCUGGUAAUGGAGUAAAACUUUGUAUAAUGUCCAGAUAUACCAGGCAUUGAUUUGAGGUUAGAUGAGUAGGAUUGUUUGCAGAUAGAAUGGCCUUGACUGGCCCUAGAGAGACGAGCAGAAAUACAGGUGUAGAAGCAGUAAUGUGGGAGGGCGCGAGCAUGGUCUAGGUAGGGACAGGAGCGAUUAAGGUGCUAAAAGAUGGCACUGGAUGGAUCUAGAUGGGAACUGUAGGAUGGCGAGACAGAGAGAGUCUACAUUCCACAUCUUAAUGAAAAUAGCAUGUUGGCUUUGAGCAUGUUGAUAGAAGCUGGAGGAGGCUUCGCACGAAUGCACACCAUACUUGGAUCCAAGAGAUUGUUGAGCAGCCUUGGAAAGAUCUGUGGUGGGUUUUUUAAGUCUCAUGUGUCUAGAGGCUGUGGUCCUAACAGCUGCCCUGCAUGAGCUGAAGCUGACCGCUACAGUGGUCACACACUAGGUGACUUGUGCCGAAAUCUGUGCUAUUUAGUUGUUUUGCUCUGCUUAAGGAAACACUCAUGUUAAAUAUCACUUCAGAACGAAAAGAAAGAGUUAAGUGAUUUAAGUAAUUGGUGGGCCUUUUUUUUCCCUGCUGCUUAAGUUAACAUCAGCCAAUAAUUUGAUUUACUUUUGAUUUGACUUUUUUUUAAAUUAUUUUUAGACAGAGGGCACAUGCAUGUGAGUUUAUAAAUGCAUCCAGUACUCAUGCCAUAGUGCUCACAUUGAAGUGGUUUAUUUUUACAUUGAGAUCUUUUUUAAUCUUGCUAUGCUACCGAUGUGUGUUCUUUAGAGACUGCUGCAAUAAUUUUCAUAGAUGUUUAUUAGUGCAAGUUUUCUAUUAUUCAUUAAGCUCAUUUUAUUUGUAUCUGGUGGCUGAUAAAUUAUAGUAUUGCUUCUUAAGUAUCUUAAGUAUUCUUAAGAAUCCAUGUACCUGUGCAAGCAUAAACCAUCGAUUUAUCGGUAUGUUAGGUUUGUUACCAUCUCCCCAAACACGCAUCAUUAAUAUGCUUCUUUCAUAGCUUGUCAGUUUGACUUGUGGCUGUGGGACUGUAUGGCAGUCAGAAUGCAUAUUGCCUUUCUUGUUGUAUUUGGUUUAUUUUCAGUCCCACAGAAGCUCAGUGACUCUAGCCCAUAGGAAGAGAGAGGCUCCUCUGUUCUAAGAACCAUAUAGAACAUUCCAUUCCAGAAGGAUCAAUUUUGUCUCACUGCACUGUCUGAUUGACUAUAGACUUCAGUCCUGACUCAGCUCAUAAGGACUGGCUUACUUGACCAAAUGGGAAAUAGUCAAUUAUUUAAGAGGUUUAUUUUUUCCCACCAAAGAAAUUCAGCAUGUUGUUAAUGCCCAAAAUUGUUCCUUGGCAUAAGUGAGAAGAUAAAGGCCAGAUCUAGGUCUGGAAGUAAAAAAGAUCAAUAGAAAUAUACAUGAACACAACAAAUAUACUAUACACAAAUUUUGACGCAAACUUACACAUUCUAAAUUAAUCAGCUCUUUGUAGCAUCUAAACUGUGUCUUUUCUUUAAAGCUAGCCAGUGCUGUUUGUUUAAAUAUCCUUGUCCUACAUUUCAUCUGAUGUAAAGUGGAUUUCUUCAUGACAGUAAGGUCCCUCAUCCAUGUUUUGCAAGUUGCUCUUUGUCUUUAUUAAAGUUUUGAAGUGAAUAUUUAAAACAAUUAAGAAAAUAAGGUAGUGCUCCAUGGUAAUGUUUGGUUGGGAGAGCUACCAGUAGUACCUUUAACACAAGAGUCACUAGUGCAAAAUGAAUGUACAAUGUGAGACUAAAACAUCUGAUAUAUUUCAUGACAGGUAUUACUUAAUGUUACAUGUCUCAUCUUUUUACUGUUACAUAUAAAAAAAAAUUUCUCAAGAAGAAUGCAAUAAGUCUCAUUAAAACAACUUGAUUUAUCAAUAUCAUGUUUUGAAUUCCCUUAAAUUUGAUUAGGAGAAUUACUGUUCUUGUUUCCUUUGUGCUUUCCUCUGCUUGGUUUAGCAUAUUUGAGCUUCUUAAAAAUAUUCAUAAACCCCUAUUAUAUACAUAAAUCCCAUAUUAUAUACAUGAUUUACUGCUUUGAUGCAAUGUGUGUCUUUUUGAGAAAUCUAAGCAGUAAAUGUAGAUACAAUUACCAAAAUGUGCUAUGCCUAUAUAAGCAUCUUUUAUAUAUGAUAACGUUUUUAACACUUUUUAAUUAUAAUUUUAUUUACAUAAUCCCCUUCUGGCAAUUCAUUUUCAUGUAGGAACACUGCCUUCCAAAUUAUUAAUUCAAAGCUUUAAGCAAUUGUCAAAAGUGAAACAUUGUAUUGGUUAUUUUGUGAGGCUUGGUGAAGAGCUUUUGUUAUGUUCAGGUUACUCAAACCUUAUCCAGUUUCAUGUUCGAUAAAAAAUUAAAUGAUCCCCCACACCUACCCCCCAGUUGGAAAACAUUCCCAUCACUCCAGUUGGCAUCUUGAGUAACUAUUUGAAUCAUUUUUAAUACCAGACAAGAUAUAGAUUAAACAAACCCAAUCAGUAUGAGAAUGCUUUAUAAAACACAUACUACUAAACAAUCUUGGAGCUCACAGGUGUUUCUUUCAUUUGACACAGUAACAGCACUUCCACACUCUUAAAGCUCUGCAGUUAAGUAUUUGUGUUUUAAACUGGUUUGUCUUCAGGGCAUUGACUAUAACAUAGCACUCAUGAGCUUAAUAUAGUCAGUGAUAUCCAAAUGCACAAAUGUGCAAAGAGGCCAAAUAUUAGAACAUGGACAUUUUCCAUACAGUGCAUUAGAGUAAUAAAAGGUCACUGAUAUUUAACCCCAAGGUAGAAUUAUGAGUCUGAGGUUGAAGUUUAAUUUAACCGAAUCAUGUUUAGAAUCACUGUCAGGUAAAUGCAUUGAUUUCAACCUGACUGUGUCAACAGUCCUAAAGGUAUUUGUAAGUUCACUUUAUACAGUGAUUUGCAGUGUACUGGCUACAGUCUUUUAUCCAGAAUACACUAUGAACCUGUUGGUGUAGAUGAACUUGAUCUUAUAGAAAUAUGUUUCUGCCCAACCUGAUAUAAUUACAUUGUCACGAAACAGAAAUCACCACUAUAAAGUUAUUCUGUUAUGUAGCUUUGAUGCACUGUAGCCAGUCUUGCAGCCACCUGACAUGAACUUUUUUUUUCUACUUGCACAGCAGCAAAACAUUCACAAUAAAAUGUAAAACUAAAUAUUUUUCUAUGUCUCAAGACCUAAGAAAACAUCAGAACCUGAUUUUAUGUCCAUUGCUGUAUGGUUUCUCAAUGGUGUAUCUCAUUAGUUGUUGUCAAAGCUAUUGUAUUUGCUGCAGUAUUUCCAAGUAUACUUCUUUCUUAAUGUAAUUUUUUAUUUAGCUUUCUUUAUUGGGGAUGUGAAGAAGUGUGAUGUCUCAUUAUUUCAAUCUGUUAACGUAGCGCUAUGUGUACCCUAUACCUUAGACUAAUAUUAUUAAGUAUGUUAUGAGAAUGGAUAUUUUACUGGCUUUAUAGAAUGUUAAAAUGAAUAUAAUAAUAAUAAGAAUGAUUUAACUCCUAAAAGCUGAGUACUUGCUACUAAGCGCUUGUGUUACCAUUAAGAUGUUGUGUGCUUCUCUUAAUUUUCGUUGUAGAAAAAUUGAGUGAAUUUGUAUUAGGCUUCAACAACUAAUGACAACAGUGUAAAUUUAUGGAAGAUUUUAACAAACAUCUGGGUUAUAGAAGAAUAUAGUUCUUUUAAUUGUUCUAUUUCCUAACUGUAGGGUGAGAAGGGGCUCGCAUUGUGGUGAACUAUGUUAUAGCUUCUUAAUUCACUGUUACUUUUGAUCAUUUUUUCGGUCUCCAAGGUGAAUCGAAUUAUUAAUGAGAAUUUGUAUGCUCACAUAUGCAUAUUGUAUAUGUGUAGAAAUGUAAUCACACUUUGUCUUGGAUUUACAUUAAACUGUUAAGUCACUGAAUUUGUGUCCUAGUUUAUAAUUUUAAUAGAUUUUAAGCCUCUUAUUGGCUUUGUAUGAUUUAAAACAUUUCACACAAUUAAUUUAGAGAAAAUCUGGUUGUUGUGUGUAUUACUUUAGAGCACAGCAUCAUUUUGUGCUUGAUUAGCCAGCACUGUGGCACUAUAUAUACAGACAACAUACACAACAUAUGUACAAUAGUAUGAGUGUACUUAUAUAAAUAAGUGAAAACACUGUACCAUAUAACAUACAAAAUAAAGCAUUCAAUGAAA